AAACAGAGUUUGGUCCUUUUCUGCAAAACCCCGCUUGGGGUUGGCUUCUUGGUGACGACGGUUGGAACUAGGGCUCGAGUUGACAGCGGCUGCUAUGCUGCCGACCACAAUGAACACACUUCCGGCGAAAAUGGUUGAGGGUCUCUCUCUAAUCAGAACGUUUGCGACGUUUCCCUCUUCUCAGCUAGGUGCUCCGAAUUAUGGAUUUGUUUCGUUCUUGCAUCACAAUAGAGGAUCGAGGUUGAAUUUUCCUAAAACGGUAUGGAGUUUGGAAAAAUGUAGUAUGCGCGUGGAGAACAGUUUGCAAGCUCUUCGCCCUGCCUCUGAAGCUUUUGCUCAAGAAGCUACUGAAGCUCUUAAGGCUGGGAAGGUUAUUGCAGUCCCCACUGAUACUCUUUACGGACUCGCUUGUGAUGCUUGUUCUUCUGAAGCAGUCAAUAGGAUUUACGAAAUUAAAGGACGUAAACUUACGAGCCCUCUCGCCAUUUGUGUUGGCGAUGUCUCUGACAUAACUCGUUUUGCUGUAGCAGACCAUUUGCCUCAUGGUUUGCUCGAUUCUCUCCUUCCAGGACCGGUGACCGUUGUACUAAAAAGAGGCGAGUCGAGUAUUCUUGAGAAAUCUCUGAACCCUGGAUUGGAGAGUAUAGGAGUCCGUGUACCCGACGCUGACUUCAUUAGGCUUAUUUCCCGUAGAUCAGGGACAGCAUUGGCUCUUACAAGUGCUAAUUUAAGUGGACAACCAAGCAGUGUCUGUGUUAAUGAUUUUGAAAACCUAUGGCAACACUGUGCUUAUGUAUAUGAUGGCGGCGUUCUUCCUGCUGGACGAGCAGGUUCUACGAUUAUCGACCUCACCAAGCGAGGGACGUUUAAGAUAAUCAGAGCUGGAAGUGCUAAGGAGCAGACUGUUGCAACACUUAAAAGGUAUUCACUGUUAGAAGAUGCAGAUAGUGCUGCUUGAGUAUCAGAAUCUUCUCCACUUCCCAAACCAUAUCUGUUAGUCAUUAUAGAUAGAGACUGCGAUGGAUUUUUUUAGGCACGACCAAGGAAUUUUCAUACCUCAAGGUCCAAUUACAAGGACGAGAGUCAAGAAGCUACAACAAACCUUAUAUACUUAUAUUCAAGCUAUGGUGAGCUCAUCAUAAGAAAUUCUAGAAGACGUUGGAGACCUCUCUCUCUCUUAUAUGUCGUGCAAAGUUGAGCUUCAAAAAAGAGAUCAAUUAAAUAUACUUUAAGUUGCAUUUAAUGAACUCAGAUAGCUAAAUUUAUGAAAUUAGUCCAAAGAUGACUAAUAAGCACAUUUUAUUCAUUGCACUUAUAUCAGACUAUUUGUUUGUCA